AUGUCGUUGGAAAAUCGUUCCAAUUCGGCGACGUUUAAGCGUGCCGAACAGUUAAAACGUUGGGAAGAAUCCGCGACUAAUUUACAAGAUUUCGAACCUAAGUUAGCUUCUCGGAGAAUUCAAUUUUCUUUAGGAUGUGUAUUUCUCGCGGCGUGUGCAGCGGGCGACAAGGAAGAAGUUUUACGGUUGCUUGAUGAUGGUGCCGAUAUUGAUACAGCAAAUGUAGAUGGAUUAACCGCUCUUCAUCAAGCUUGCAUUGACAAUAAUUUGGACAUGGUUGAAUUCUUAGUCUCUCACGGAGCCGACGUUAACCGUGGCGACAACGAGGGUUGGACUCCUCUUCAUGCAACCGCUUCCUGCGGUUUCAUAAGCAUUGCCAAAUACCUUAUUGAAAAUGGAGCAAACGUGGCCGCUGUUAAUAAUGACGGUGAAUUACCAUUGGACAUUGCGGAAUCGGAUGCAAUGGAUGAUAUACUUCAAGAAAUAAUCGAUGCUCAAGGAAUCGAUUGUGACGAAGCAAGGAAUAGGGAAGAAAUAAUUAUGCUUGAAGAUGCCAAAGAUUGGUUUAACGGUGGAGAUAACAUUGAUCCUUUAGUACCUCAUCCUAAAACUGGAGCGACGGCUCUUCACGUUGCUGCGGCCAAAGGAUACAUUAAAGUCAUGAGUAUUUUAUUACAAGGUCAAAUUGACGUCGACGUUCAAGACUUUGAUGGUUGGACGCCUUUGCAUGCUGCAGCACAUUGGGGUCAAAAGGAAGCUGCGGAAAUGUUGGUCGAAAAUUUUUGUAAUAUGGAUAUUAAAAAUUAUGUUGGUCAAACUCCUAUGGAUGUUGCCGACAUUGCCAUGGUUACUGUUUUGGAAGAUCUCCGAACGAAACAGGCUGCUUUGCAAAAGGAUCGCCCUCCUCCUAGCAAUUUACACAAUAAGGCACUCAACUCACCAAAAAGACGGUCUUCUGUUACUAGAAUGUCGGUGGCAGAUAAAACUAAUCUUAUUAAUAAGGACACUUCAUCCGAAAGGCAGUUGCUCGACCGCGCCAUUUCCGAAGAACCUAGUAAUAAAGUUAAAAAAGUCGAAAUUGACGUUGAGGGAAAAUCGGAAAAGGAAGAAGUUGCAACAUCUCCAUCUGAGGAAAGUAACGUGGAUGUAGACAAAAAAGCAUUACCAAAUAAGCCUUCUAUAUUUCCCAAUGAAGUCGUGUUAAGAAGAACUCAUAGUUUUGAAGCAGACGAAAAGCGAGGAUCUAAAGAGGAAUCUAACAACACGAAUACAGAGUCUUCCGCUUCAAAUGUUCCUGUGACGACGACAACAACGCCAAUGACGAAAACUGUAGGGACAACACAAAUAACCACUACCUCAAGAACCGUUUCAUCACCCACGCUUAUCACUCAACCAUCAAUAGGAAGGUCUUUUGUACCUCCGGUAAGAGACGAAGAAAGUGAAACUCAAAGAAAAGCUCACGCGAAAAGAGUUAGAGAAACGAGACGAUCAACGCAGGGUGUCACGUUGGAAGAAAUCAAAUCGGCCGAACAACUCGUUAAAAAAAGAAAUCAACAAUCGUCUGCUAAUAAUAAUAAUAAUAAUAAUAAUAAUAAUAAUAAUGAUCAGACAAUAAUGUCAUCUGUUUUGGCAUCGGCAACGAUAACAACAGCCCCGACGACGGCAACAAUACCCGCAAAAGAUGAAGAUACAAGUCACGAACGUAGGCCCUCUUGGAGGCUGAAAGUGGACAAUAAUAAUAAGUUCCUCCUCGAAGAUGCCAGAACGAAAACAAAUUCAACUGCCGAAGAUACCUCAACUUAUGUCAGGAGACCACCUACUACGGGUACGACCGUCAACGCGUUGACCGCGGCAAAUAAUUUGUCAACGGAUAAUACGGGAGAAACAACGGUAACCGUGCCUCUGAGACAAAGGCAAACGAAAUUAGAUGACAAAGAAGACAAGGAAAAUGAUUCCAGAAGUGCCCUUGCAACUCAAGCCGUUAUACAAAGGAGACGUAAACCCAAAAGACGAUCAACGGGAGUCGUUCACCUGGAUAUGGAUGAAAUUGAUCCCGAGCGUCAAGAUUCGGGUGGAGCAGGAGAUUCGGAAGUAAAUAAAUUAAAUAACGAAGUGACAAAUGUUUUUCUUUCUUUUUUUUUACAACCCACACACGGUUUGACGAUUUCCCACUUGAAAUGUGUCGUCGCCCUUGGACUUUUUAUACUCUUGAGCGCUUUCAAACGAAAGGAAUAA